AUGCAGCCUGUAGCAUCACACGUGGAAGAGCAGGAAGAGCAGGAGGAGAAGGAGCUGGAGGAGCAGGAAGAGCAGGAGGAGAAGGAGCUGGAGGAGCAGGAAGAGCAGGAGGAGAAGGAGCUGGAGGAGCAGGAAGAGCAGGAGGAGAAGGAGCUGGAGGAGCAGGAAGAGCAGGGCCGAGACAGCAGGGAGGGGCCCGUUUCAUUGCUCUGA